GAUUCCUCGCCCUGAAAACGCUCACCAGCAUUGUAAACGACUUUAUCUCGAUAUUUAUUUUUUGUUCUAAGAUAUAGAAACCUGUCAACGACGAUAUGUCGCACUUCAAGUUUGACAAUCUGGUCACGGAGCUGACGCGGCUAGACGCACCCCUACAGUCCGGCCCCGCCAUGAGAUUUAACCGGAAGUCAGCGUCCGGCCUAGCCGUCAGCCUGGGAUCCCCUCGGUCUGCGCGGACACCCAAUGUUCCGGACUCAGCAAGGUCCGUGAAGACGCCGAAGACUGCCCGUACCCCCGGGAAAUCCCCGGGGAGAUUACCAGUCCCCCAGCAUCGGGGACGCUGGAAGACCCCCUCAAAGACGCCAAACAAAGGGUCUGGUCCCCAGCACCAGAUUGACAGGUUCAUACCAAGCCGCUCCAACACUGACUUCGACCUUGCCGGCUACACGAUGAAGCCGCGACAGGAAGCAGAGGACGAGGAGAACCAGUCGCCGACACGCGUCGAGUACCAGCGUCAGCUGGGUGCCGCCAUGAACAUCCCCGAGGACCAGAGAAUACUAUCCUUCAAGGACAACAAGCCCAAACCUGCUGAAGGCCACACGAACAACCUCCAAGUGAUAUACAGCAAGAACAAGGCCUGGGGACCGGGCCAAGGACCCAAGAGGGUAAUCCCCAAGGUUCCGGAGAGAAUCCUGGACGCCCCUGAACUAUUGGAUGACUAUUACCUGAACCUGCUUGACUGGUCGUCCAACAAUCACGUGGCGGUAGCGCUCGGAGCAGCCGUCUUCAUCUGGGACGCGUCUUCCGGCUCCAUUGUACAGCUGACGGAAAUGGAUACACCUAGUGAGUACGUGUCCGCCGUAAAGUGGAUAACGCAGGGAUCCAUUCUGGCCGUCGGGAAUAGUCUCGGACAUGUCGAGUUGUGGGACGUGCCUACCCAGAAGAAGAUCCGGAGUAUGACGGGACACGCUGCCCGGGUCGGCUCCCUAUCCUGGAAUAACCAUGUCGUCUCUAGCGGCUCCCGAUCUGGUGCAAUCCACCACUCUGACGUUCGUGUAGCCAAUCACAACAUUGGGACUCUGGCCAACCACACCCAGGACGUCUGCGGGCUCGCCUGGUCCCCUGACGGCCGCCACCUCGCAAGCGGUGGUAACGAUAACGUCCUCAACGUCUGGCCCAACACGCUCGGUGGUGACGUCACGCCGUUACUUACGUUGACGCACCAUCAGGCGGCCGUCAAGGCGCUGUCCUGGUGCCCGUGGCAACAAAACAUCCUGGCCAGCGGCGGCGGCACGGCGGACCGCCAUAUCCGACUGUGGAACGUCAAUACCGGAUGUCCCCUGACGUCUGUCGACGCCAAAUCACAGGAAAGUUGUUCAACAUAUCUCGUGUGCGCGGUUUUGUGGAAUCAAGAGCACAAUGAACUAGUUUCCGGUCACGGGUUCUCCCAGAACCAGCUGUCCAUAUGGCGCUACCCGGACCUCGCCAAGGUCGCCGACCUGGAAGGCCACAAGGCGCGGGUUCUGAACCUCUCUAUGUCGCCCGACAGCACCAUGGUCGCUUCCGCCGCCGCCGACGAGACGCUGCGUAUCUGGAACUGCUUCGCUGUCGACCAGAAACGCAAGAAAGCGCCGCCAAAACUGGCCGGCCAGACGGAAACGAUAAUUCUGAAGGCGUCGCGUAUCCGUUAACGUAACACGGCAGCUGGAGAGAUAUUUGGAACUAUUUGAAUGUCGAUUGGGACGAGAUAAUACACGUUUCACUUUAAUUUGUGUUAUCAAUAUGAUAUUAUGGUAAUAUACGUAGCGUUUUUGCUUCUCAAAAAGAA